AUGGCUACUCAAUGGGUUCUCGACAAAGUGUCCAAUGCCUUGGCUCCAACGGUUUCGAAUGCUGUGUCCAGUGCAGGGUCAUUUGCCGGAGGAGCAGUAGGGGCUGUGGGCAGUAGCAUCAAUGGAGUAGGAGAAGGCAUCAAUAGAUCAAUUAAACGGUAUGGGGACGGCGUGAUGGAUUAUGGGAAUGGGCUUAUGGAUUGGACAUCGGCCACAGGCAGUCGAGCACAGACGGCUGCCAAUCCUCUCGGACUUUCUGGUGGGAAGAGUACAGGGAAGACAACAGUGACGAGUCCUCGAAUGUAUCGGGCACCACCUAAGACCGAUGCGUCGAAGACAUUGAAGACAACCAGCAAAACGGUGCCCCAGAAGAAGGUACAAGGUGCAGCUCCGAAGAAGGCACUGCCUGCACCGAGCACCAAGUCAGCAGCCACUCCUUUGAAGAAAACUGCCACGGCACCGGUCAAGAAAGUGUCGUCGGCACCGAAUCCUGGAGCGAUGAGAAAAACAGGAGUCACAGCCACACCGGGCAAACCAUCAGUUGCUUCGAAACCAACCGCUGCGACCAAGAAAGUCACGCCGGUCAAGGCUAGCACUGCAUCGGCACCCAAGACUUCCACCCGACCUCAGGUGGGAGGUAAUUCGAAGGCUGCGGCUAACCCUCUUGGACUCACCUUCUGA